UUUAUUAUUAUUACGGCCAACGUGCACAGGACCAAGAUAGAUGGAAAUGUAGGGAGAGUUUCAAAAGAGGGAAAGGGGGCGUGGCUUGGGCCAGAGCGAGGGCCCUGAUUGGCCCAGAGGGAUGCAGCUGCCAAAGCAGGGAUGCUCAGGGAUUAGCGGUCCAAGCCAUUGCCUUGCAUUGCAUUGCCGGCCCUUCGCUCUCAUUGCCUUCCUGCUUUUUUGCAUCUCCGUCUCAUGGAAGGCUCCCGGCAGCAUGAGUUCCGCCGGAAUCCAUCAAGGCUACCUCCGGAAGUAUGGCGGCUUCCUCUUUAAGCAGUGGAAGGAGAAGUUCCUGCUGCUCUCGGUGGACGGGAGCCUGCUGGUGUGUCCGGACGCGCACUCCCCGGCCGAGAUGGGCAUCGCCUUGGGCAGCGGCUGCCAGGACAUCCUGGAGGGCGGCCAGAUCCGGGACCUGCCGCCCCUCCCGCUGGGCGCCCAGAGGGACAGCUGCCUGGGCCUGCGCCUCCGCCGGGGGAAGGUCCUGCUCCUCCUGGCCCCCGACCGGCAGCAGUGCACACAGUGGCUCAACAUACUGAGGAAAGUCAAAGAGGGUUUCUCUUUCGGCUCUCCUUCUCGUUGCAAACUCCACAUCGACUCCCCAGGAAGGAAAAGCUGCCGGAAAGAAGGGAGCCUCGGGGAGAGCGGAUGCAGCAAUGGGGGGUCUCCCAGCAGAGAAGGGUCGGGCUCCGUUCCCUGCUCCCCGCACUGCUUGCGCCACGGGCCCUGCUCCCGGCCAGGGGUCAAGGCGGCCUGCAUCCUGGUGGGGGGCGCAGCGGCCGGCCCUUCCAUGGGCUACAUGGUCACUUCGGCCGGCGCCGGCCACCCGGCUGAGUCCCACCUGCCAGACUUCAAGGAGCUUGGCUACCACCCUUCUGCUUGUGACGCUGUGGCCGAGGCGCACUACGAAUCCCUGGACUGCGAGGGGCUGGAUCAUGACUUCGAUAGCAUGCUGGACUUUGGGGGGUUCGCCUUCUAGUUAAUGCGGUUCGAUGCCACUUGGGCCGAUACGGGAUCUUGUGACUUGUAGUUUCCCCAAGGUCUUGAGCCUCCUUUGCCAAAGAGUGCUGAGCUACAACUCCAGUGUCAAACCGCAUUAAGUCGAUAGUGUAGAUGCUCCCUCGGUUGGGAGGAACGCAAAGGGCUCAAUGGCUCCAGAUGCCUGGCAUCAAAAGGUGCCGGUCUUCUUCCAUGUUUGUUUUAUUGUGCAUUUUUUGUUGUCUUCAUUGUCGGUGGGAUCAAGGGCUGGGCAAUUUUGUUGUCUUUUUCCUCCGUGUUUUGCAUUCAAUAAAGUCUUUUCAUGGACUAUAA